GGCCGGAGCCCCGCCUUGGAGGCGUGGCCUCGCGAUGCCCGGGGCCGGGGCGGGGACUGCUGCAGGCCACGCCUCACUCUGCCAGAGGCCGGGGCUCCGCGCCUACAGUUUGCUGCGCAGCUGCGGUCUGCAUCAGCAGAAGGUGAUCCAGAGCCAGGAUGGCUGUCCUCUCCAAGGAAUACGGUUUCGUGAUUCUGACGGGUGCUGCCAGCUUCAUCCUGGUGGGGCACCUAGCCGUCAAUGUUGCCAAGGCCCGCAAGAAGUACAAAGUGGAGUAUCCUACCAUGUACAGCACGGACCCAGAAAACGGACACCUCUUCAACUGCAUUCAGCGCGCCCACCAGAACACGCUGGAAAUAUAUCCUCCCUUCUUAUUUUUUCUAGCUGUUGGAGGUGUUUACCAUCCGCGUAUAGUUUCUGGCUUGGGCUUGGCCUGGAUUGUCGGACGAGUUCUUUAUGCUUAUGGCUAUUACACAGGAGAACCCAGCAAGCGGAACCGGGGAGCCCUGGGCUCCAUUGCCCUCAUUGGCCUGAUGGGCACAACUGUGUGCUCUGCCUUCCAGCAUCUUGGUUGGAUUAAAACUGGCCUGAACAGCGGGUCCAAGUGCUGCCAUUAAAGAAUUAUAGGGUAUUUAAAAUAUCUCAUUCGUUUUGAGUGACUUACUUUAAUUUCCAGUUACUUUUUUUUUCUAAAUAUAAUAAAAACUUAACUUGGCGUCAGCCUCAUACCUAA